AUGGUCGCUGCUUUACUCUACCUCUUCGGCAUCGCUGCCAUCGCCUCGACCAGCCUGGCCCGGCCGACGGGUAACCCCUUCUACGCUGCAGACACGACGCAGGCGAUGAGGCGCAGCUCAGCCGUGCAGUGCCACGAGGCAGGCUCUGGCAGCCUCUCUGCAGUGCGUCUCGGAGCCGGUGGCUACGGCGCGCCAGCUUUCAACAAGACUGUCUCGCUCAACAGCGACAAGAUCCUGGCGGCGAGCGAGGGUGCACAGCAGUAUAUCCUCUACGAAUGCACCGCCGACGGCUACCCGGCCAAUGAAGGGCCCUACGCCCUGCUUAAGCCCGCCAACGACAACUCGAGCCCGAGCUGCCUGACGGCGACGCUGGCGAGCGGGAGAAGCACCAUCGAGAUCCAAGACUGCGCGACGCAGACGGGCGACGCCCUCAGGCGGCAGCUCUUCCGCGCACGAAAGACGGGCUCCGUCACCGAGCUCGACCUCCUCGGCGACCCCAACGACUACCGGGCCGAGCGGUCGUCGGUCCUCGUCGACGACAAGACGGGCAUCGUCACAGUUGAGCAAAACGACGGUCCGGAGCCCAUCACCCUCGUCCUCUCCUGA